AUGAAAUUUUCCACCUCAAUCUCCAUUGCUUUAGCUGUUGCAUCUGUUGCUCACGCUGGUUACGUUCCAACCACCACUAAAUGCUGUGAUGAUAGCGAAAUCACCACUUUCGAGCAUCCAUUUGGUUUGGGUGUUAAGGAAUGUGACGAUGACACUAUUUACUUGGUUUUCGAAAUUGGAGACGGUCAAUUAGAACACGAUUGCGAGACUGUUUGCUGUAAAUCAACCCCAACCCCAAUCUCUGAUUGCGAUGAUGAUUGCGAAGAUGAUUGCGAAGAUGAUUGCCAAGAAGAGUAUGGUGAUGACUACAAACACAAGGUGUACAAGCGUGGAGAGAAAUACUACAAAAAGAAAUACUCUCCAAAGAAAUCUUACGACUACUCUCCAUUAUGCCACCCAUACUGUGUCAUUGACAAAGAAUGUGAAGAUCUUUUCACUUUAUGUGAUGGUGUCUUGUACGACGAAAAAUACGCUACUGGUUCCAUUGUUGCUAACCACCAAUUCCAAUUUGACAAACCAGCUCAAGUCGAUGCAUUGUUCACUUGCGGAUGGUCAAUUGUCUACAAGGACGGCUACUACUUAUUGGCAUUGAAUGAUUGCACCACAUUCUGGGAAUGUGCUGUUGACGACAAUGGUCUCUACAAAUUAUACGAUGCAUGUAUCGGAGGUCAAUGUAAGGAAAUUGAAAUUAUCAUCCUUUUUGAGGAAUACUACUAA